AUGUAAUAACAAUAAAAAUAAAUAAUUGAUAAUCUAGAGAAACUUUAAAGCUGUGACUUAUCAUCUCAGAUAAAUCUUGAAAUUUAAUUAGAGCACAAAUAAUUAGGUAAUAGGGGUGCAUCAAACUUAGGUAACUGCUUAGAAAAAUGUACUAAUCUCUCAGCUUUAUCACUCCAUCUUUUGAGCAAUUAAAUUUAAGACAACGGUUUUUCAAAUUUAGGUUCUGCUUUUACAAAGCUAUACAAUCUUACAACUUUGGGACUCUAUCUUUCGUUCAAUUAAAUAGGUCCAUAGGGUGCAUCAGAAUUUGCUUCUUCUUUAGAAAAAUGCACAAACCUCUAAAAAUUUAGACUUGGAUUAAACAAGAAUUAAAUUGGCGUUUAUGGUGCUUCACAAAUAGGUUAUGCUUUAGAAAAAUUAAAAAAACUCUCAAACUUGAUACUCUACUUUUAGUACAGUGAAAUUGGUGCUUAAGGAGCAAAAAACUUAUGCUCUAGCUUAGCUAAUAGCACAAAUCUUUCAAUCAUAGAGCUUGACUUCUAGAGCAAUAAAAUUGGUUUAUAGGGUUCAUUGAACUUAUGCUCUGCUUUAUAAAAGUGCACUAAACUCUCAACUUUGAAACUCUACCUUAAUGAAAAUUUAUUUGGUAGAGUGUCUGCAUAAAGCUUAGGUUCAGCUUUAGGGAAAUUCGACCAUCUUUUAUCAUUGACGCUUGAAGUUAUGUGGAAUGAUAUUGGUGACGAAAGUGCAUUAUAAUUAGUUUCCGGUAUAGUAAAAUGUCCUAAACUCUUAUCAUUGAGUCUCGAACUUCUGAACUAAAAAAUAAAUGAAUUGGGUGCAUUAGACAUAGGUAAUUGCUUACAAAAAUGCAUUAAUCUCUCAACUUUAGUACUCUUCUUAUCGGAUAAUUAAAUUGGAGAUAAGGGUAUAUCAGACUUAGGUUCUACUUUUACAAAGCUCAGUAAUCUCACAAUUUUGAAAUUAUGGCUUCCGGUAAAUUUAAUUGGUGUAUAGGGUGCAUCAGACUUUGCUUCUUCUUUAGCAAAAUGUGCUAACCUUUCAACAUUUAAAAUUGGAUUAAACUUCAAUUAAGUUGGUGCUUAAGGUGCCACACAAAUAGGUCUUGCUUUAGCAAAGUUAACUAAACUCUAAAAUUCGUCUCUCUACUUUUCGUAGAAUCGAAUUAGUGCUUAAGGUUUAUCAGACUUAGGUUCUGCUUUAGCUAAAUGCAUUAAUCUUUCCACUUUAAAACUUGAACUAUCGGACAAUAAAAUUGGCGUAUUGGGAGCAACUAACUUAUGCUCUGCUUUAUAAAAGUGCACUAGUCUCUCAACUUUGAAACUUUGCUUUAACUUAAUAUCAUUUGGUAGUGAUUCUGCAUAAAGCUUAGGUUUUACUUUAGCUAAAUUUGACCAUCUUUUAUCAUUGACACUUAAGGUUAUGUGGAAUGGUAUUGUAGAUUAAAGUGCAUCAGACUUAGUUUCCUGUUUAGUAAAGUGUACUAACCUCUUAUGUUUGACUCUCAGCCUUGAUUAUAAUAAUAUCAAAUCUCCUUUAGAAUUAAAAGCUAAGGUGCUAAAAAUGAAGAGAUUAGUUAAUCACAGAGUAUCUUAUUGA